AUGUAGUCUAGCUUUUUGCCUGGGAAAAAGAAAGAAAUGUAUUUAGGCUAACAACGAGAAAUCUCUUUCUAUUCUCUGGAAGUGCUCAUAUAAGAUAAGAAAUACUUGAAUCAUGGGUUUUUUAAAUUACUUAACCCAUUUUCUGGCUGCCGGUGCUGUUAUUUUGGGAAUUGGUUUCUUUGCUUUGGCAUCAGCUUUGUGGUUCCUGAUUUGCAAACGAAGAGAAAUAUUUCAAAAUUCCAAAUUUAAAGCAAUUUAUGAGAGAUUCAGGCAAAGACCAUCAAAGGCAAAGAUUAAAUCUCAUUCUCAGUGUGUUUUUAUUUCUCGAAAUUUUCAUACUGGGAGAUUCCAAUUACAGGAGGAGCAAAGAAAAAAGAAAGCAGCACAUACAAAAGCAAUUAAAGAUCAUUCUAAAGAUGAGUCCUGCCAUGCAACAAAAAAAGUCAUUUGUGAUCCCUCUGAGGGAUCCCCAACAAAUCGCAGCAGUGUUACAUUAAGCUUAUCAACAUUGCCAUCUGAUUCUUAUUACAGUCAAAGUAUAGAAGCAGCUGAUGACUGGUUUUCUGAUGAUUCUCUAGUGAAAAAGAACUCUUCAACGCCUUCUCUCGGGGGACCUCUACUGGAAAAAGUAUAUCCAUACUUGUCAACCAUUUCACUGGAAGAGGGUACUGAAGAUGUACUAAAUGACACUUUGUGAUCAUCAAAAAGAUGACCACAUUAAGGGAAAAUGUUCAUGAAGAAACACAGAGGUUGAAAUACAAAACCUUCAUCAUAAUACUGAAUGACUUCUUUCUUUUGAAACCUCCUAUGCACUGGAAUCAAUUAACAGCUUCUGAGUCUCUUAACAUGUCCAUACUAAUAUUACUUUUUUGUUCUUUACCAUAGAGUGGCUCUACUUAACUUGCUGGUUCUUAUUUCUAGAAACAAAGUUAGGAAGAACUAGAAGUGAUGUCAUGAACAUUAAGCUUAACUUACUGUAUCUCAUCCAAAGACAUACUAACUAGUAUGA